AUGAGAUCAACAAUUGCUUGUGAAAGAUGCAGGAGAUCAAAAGUGAAAUGUAGACACAACGACCAACCACCUUGCGCAGGCUGCAUCAAGAGCGGCAAUACCGAAACAUGCGUUCUAAGUGGUCCUGUUCUCGGACGGAGCUUGUCUACAUCUAAACCUCGACCUGCAAAGAGACAACGACUCAGUGUAGAUCAGACACCAUCAGAGAAUAUCUGGCGAGACAUCAAUGUAGUCUUUGAACAAACACCACGAGCGCAGAUUAUCAGUGCCAUUAAUUUAUUUCGGUCACAGUUUCCUGAAUUUGGGUUUCUUCAUCCUGAUGAUCUGGAGUAUCGACAAGAUGAACUCAGCGCUGUGCAGAAAUUGCGACUUCUUGCUAUUUUUACCGUUUCACAUCGAUACUCAUCGACUUAUACUGCAGAGACAAAUAAUCGCAACAUACUAUUUAUCGCCGGGGAGGCCCAGAAACGAGUCACAAGUGGUCCGAACCUGUCCCUCAUCCAGACCUUUCUCAUCCUGUCGCUGUGCAAUUGGGGUGAUGGCGAUGGCUUCAAUGCAUGGAUGCACUGCGGUAUAGCCACAAGAAUGGCCCAGGGUUUAUUAAGUACUGGCUUUGCAAGCUGUGGCAAGAGAGAAACUCUUUCAGAACUUGAGAAGAGGACUUUGUGGACGUGUUUCAAGAUGGAUAGACUUUUGAGCUGUGGAAAGCGACGACAGGCAAUGUUUCCUGAUGAAGAGAUGCAUUUCUCUCUUCCCGUCAACGAUACGCAGUUCCUUUUUGGACAAGCCUCGCAAAAUGCUAACAUAGAUACAAGUCUGAGGGUACAUGGGCCGGAUGAUCAUCUUGUUCUUCUUAUUCAAGGCUUGAGGAUCUGGUCAAGGGUUCAUACGUGGAUUGCAGAGGGUGGAAGAAGACGACCCGGUAUGACUGAACCGGAACAAUGUCCUUUUAACGAAACCUCAUAUUGGCAUAAUAUGAGAAAAGAUUUAUUUGAGUGGAGGGAUUCUCAAGAUGCUCUUAUGAAAUACCCUGGGACAAAGGUAUCGGUGCAUGCUCAACGAGGACAAGCUGAAAGGUUUGGAUACAUUAAUCUGGUCUACUACGUUAGAGAAUACGUCCCCUUCAGUCCCGUAGACGAAGUCAAACCUCGAGGCCCCAUCGAACAACCACUCCUCAAAGCCCGCGGCCCAGACUCAUUCUGGAUCCAAAACGUCGUUCAACUCUACGACGCAGCAACACAAAUAUCUUCUCUGCUCUCUGACCUAGAGCACGUCGGAUGUCCCCUCCGCACACCCUUUUCCGGCGUGUGCGCUUUCUCAUCUACUCUAUGGAGUUUAUACGGCGCUGCGUUUCCAAUCUUUAUGGGUUUCACAGAGGAACAAGCUCACGAGGCUGAUGCACAAGCUGAGAGGACGAUGAGCGUUCUAGUAAGGAUCGGACAAGUUUGGGGCCUUGCGAAAGAAUGGAUUGAAGUUCUCGAUACGGCGAAAAAUAUAAUGACAAGAGGUGAAGGCAGAAGAGUUAAGAGAUCGAGGUAUGAUUACCCUGAGUUGGAGGAUUCGAUACACCUUGCUCCAUUGCAGGGAAUGCCGCGACAGACGUUUGAUCGUCUUGCUUCGACUUCUGUCAACGCUGCAGGUGAUGAUGUUUCGAAACUGCAUCAGUUGGUUGCUGGGGAUGUUGAGCAAGGGACGGAAGUGCAAGAUGUGGGUUUGAAUGAGGAGAUGGUGGGUGAGGUUACUCCACCCCCAACGCCAACACCAUCUCAAGAUCUCAACUUUCUAAACAGAAUUCCUGUACCUGUUUAA